UUGCUAUUAUGUUCCGAAAUCAAAGAUUGCCUAAUCGGUCUCCCUUUUACCCUCCCAAGCCGAAAUCGAUUCUCCACCCCACCCCACCCUCUCCCUCCCAACAUCAACAAAAGCUGCCAGCAAACCAAACCUCCAGUUCCCUUCUCGCCGAAGAUCUCCUGUCCUCCGACGACAAUGGUUGCCGCCAAGAAGACCAAGAAGACCCAUGAGAGUAUUAACAACAGAUCGGCUCUCGUUAUGAAAAGUGGGAAAUACACUUUGGGUUACAAAACUGUUCUCAAAUCUCUUAGAAGCUCCAAAGGUAAGUUGAUUAUUAUUUCCAACAACUGCCCUCCUCUUAGGAAGUCGGAGAUCGAGUAUUAUGCCAUGUUGUGCAAAGUUGGAGUUCACCACUACAAUGGAAGUACGUUCCUUAACCUAUCAUUAUAAUUAUUUAGAACCAAUGUUUACUUUUCAUGUCACAUUGAAUCGAAAUCCAUUUUACAAUCCCUUCCCUUGCCCUUUCAAUUCUUUAGUUUUAGUUAUUUGUGAAAAGCUAGAUAGAAUUGCUUUUUCUAGUGCUGCUGAUGGAAAUGGUAGAAGGAACGUCUAAUCUGUAUGUCACUCAGAAGCCAUUUGAUGAAUUUAUUGAUAAGAACGAUAUUUUUUUAAUUGGUAAUACUGUAUCUUGAUGGAAGCUAACUGUUAUUCUAGUUUUCACAUGUAAAUUGUGAUGGUGGUUUGCUCAACUUAGAAGGAUUGCUGAACUUCAAGUAAUAUAGUUUGUUCAAUAAUGUUGUUCGUUUUAAAUUAGUUGUUGGAAUUUUCUGUUUUCAUUUUCAUUUUACC